GUAUAUAAAGACCAGCAUCUGAACUGAGUAUAAAUGCAAGUGCUCUUGGCUACCUGCCCUAGACUCAGUAGAUCGUGAGAGGAUUGCAAUGAAGAUCACAGAUUUCCUCCUUGCUGGGGAUGUGGCUGCUGCUCUUGCUGAAUGUAAAGAUCCUGGCUCCUUCCAGCUCAAGAAAUUCUGCAAAACCUCCGGCUUGGCAAAAAGAUCUGUGAAAGAAAUUGAGCAAAUCUUUGCAAUUCUUGAUGACGACAAGAGUGGCUUCAUUGAGAAAAGUGAACUCAAGUCGUUCCUCCAGUAUUUCGUUCCUCAGGCCCGUAAGUUGAGUGACUCCGAGAUGGACAGUUUUGUAUCAGCAGGAGAUGCAGAUGGAGAUGGGAAAAUCAAUCUUUCUGAAUUCCAGAAUCUGCUCACUGCUUAAGGAGAAUUGAAGUGCAGACCAGCGGAGUGUCUACAUCUGAGGAACCUGCUGCUGGAUGUGUGCCCUACCAUUUGCUGGACACUGACGGUGUGAUCGCUGCUUCUACAAUGUUAACCUGGUCACUAACCUCUUCAUUUGUGGUGAUUCAGUUCAUUCACAAUAAUAAAAGUGUCUUUUUGAA